AUGGGCGUGAUGCGCAAGACUGCUGACCAGGCCUUGGGCCUGACCGCCACCGCCCUGGCUCUGGUCAGUGCCGCCCAGGCCACCUCCCCGUCCGUCACCGUCUCCCAGGGUCUCAUCCGCGGCUUUGAGCACAACGAUACGAAUGUCUUCCUGGGUAUUCCGUUUGCCGAGACGACCGCUGGUGAGAACCGCUGGAAGGCCCCCAAGGCUCUGUCGUCCUUUGCCGGAGGCGAGUUCAAUGCCACCACCUAUGGCCCCUCGUGCGCCCAGGCCAUGUCUGGCACCGCCAUCACGGCCCAGAGCGAAGACUGCCUCAGCAUGAACAUCUGGACUCCACUGAGCGGCAGUGACCUGCCCGUCUUCGUGUAUGUCUACGGUGGAGCCAUGGUUACUGGUGGCAGCAGCAAUGCUCAAUGGCAGGGCUACAACUUUGCCCGCAAGGAUGUCAUCUAUGUCAACUUCAACUACCGCGAGAGCAUCUACGCUUCGCCUAAUGCCCCGGAACUGGAAGGCCAGUCGCAGAACUUUGGCAUCAUGGAUGUGGAUUUGGCCGUGCAAUGGGUCUAUGACAACAUCGAAGCUUUCGGAGGAAACAAAUCGAACAUUGUGCUGGGUGGUCACUCCUCUGGCGGUGUGCACGUCGACCACUACCUCUGGAACCACCCCGAGACCUUCCUUGCCGGCGCCGUCGAGAUGUCGGCCAAUGCCGAGUCCGGUCCGGCCUAUGCCCCUACCGGCGUGGCCUUGGCUCAGGUCGUCGAGGACAUGUUGGCUGCCGGCGUGACACUCGGCUGCGAUGCCAGCAACUACACGUUGGACUGCUUGCGCGAGGCUGAUACAUAUGCCUUCCAGACCAGCUACUUUAAUUCCACCUCCAACACCUGGUUCUCCCCCAUUGUCGACAACAUCACUCGCUUCUCCAACUACACCGACCGUUUUGCCCAGGGCUACUACCCCAAGUCCCUACCUCUGAUGGUUGGUAACUCUGACCAGGAGGGCCGUCUGUUUGCCUAUGCCUAUGCCUCUGAAAAUACCAAAUUCAACAAGUGGAUCCACACCUUCGACGCGGAUGUCGCCUGGGUGCCGUCCGCGGAGCUCUUGGCUGCGUACAACAGCGCUGAUUACUCGUCUGUCUCCUUUGAGAGUGGCGCCUGCUACGGCGAUGCCCGUUUCCUCUGCGCGACCGACUACCUUGUCGACGUGCGCUCGAGCGAACAGCCCACUUGGAUCUACCGCUGGUUUGGUAACUACUCAAACGUGUUGGGCAUCGCCGACAUUGGCCCUUCCCACGGCAGUGAGGUACCCUUCUUCCACGGUGGCAACGAGUGCUUCUCCAAGUUAAGCGACGUCACCACGGCGGAACAGGAGCUAGCGGACUACAUGAACGACUGGUUUGUGGCCUGGAUCAAGGCGCCCAGUGCCGGCCCCGGAUGGGACAAAGCUCAACCCGUCAACGGUCCUCUGGCUCGCCUGGGAGUUCCGGGCAACGAGCUGGCAAUCGAGAUGAGCACGACCGACAUAAUUUCAUUUAAGGAUUUUAUUUCCGUCUCUCGUUUGAGAUUGGCUCCGAUCUUGGCUGGCUCCAGGCUUGCGCCAUCAGCUGCCAGGCUUCAAUUGUCCCUCCACGUCCCUGGCCCUGAACGGAUCGUGACUCGCGCUCGACGAUCUCCUGCAGGCCUGCAGGAACACACCACCCACCACUGCGCUACGUGGUGCGAUGCGGAAGAUGGCCGAGGGCAACCCUAA